AUGGGUAUCUCCCUGUACGAUGCCACCGAAUCUCGUCUCCAAUCGCAAAGACAAGAAAUGCAGCAAGCCGUCUCUCGCCGCCACUUCAUGCUGUUUGAUUCGCAUCACGUCAAAAUGUGGACUAGUAGAAUUCGAUGA